GAGGAAUAGCAGCAGCAGUCGGCAAGUUGGCACCUUUGCCCGCUGCUGCCAGCCUGCCACACUUCCUGUGCUUUGACAGGUUACCUCUCACCGCUCUUGCGUCACGUGGCCCCAAUUUCACCUGUGCCUUAAGGAGGGAAGAAGCUCCAGCGGCAGCAGUCGCGUGAGCACCAUCACCGUCCUCGCACCCCCCACCCGGCCAGGAGUUUCUGUCUCCCACUCCCAGGCAUAAAAACCAGACACACCACCAGCUGUUCGUGACCCGCGCUGCUACCACACCAGUGACCACAUGGCUGACCAGCUGCCCGACACCAUGGCGCAGGCCACCUUAGGUGAAAUCUACACCUCGGAAAAGCAUGGAAGUGACGAGACUGGUGAUGGCACAGAAGCCAGCCCUUACAAGACAGCAUUGCAGGCUAUGCGCAAGGCUGGCAAGGAGCCUUUCCCUACCAUCUAUGUUGACAGUAAAGAGGAAAAUGAGGGUGAGGGAGAGGGAAGAUCUGUGAUCCAAGAGACAGACCUCAUUCCUUCCUUGGUGGCACUAGACCAACACUUGGGUCAGUGCAGCUACAUAUGGGGCUAUACACCCUCCCAGGCAGAUUCAGUGGUUUAUGGGCAUCUGGCACACAUGGCUCCCACUCAUAAUGGUCUGAGCCUUCCAUCCCAUCCACACUUGGCACGCUGGUAUAACCACAUAGCAAGUUUUGGUCCAGAAGUCAAAGAUUUCCCCUCUGCUGAUCUCAACAUUCUCAGUCAGUUCAAGUUGCCACAAGCCAGGUUACCUCAGAAGUACACAGUCAUAGCUAAAAGUCAGCUGAAGAAGCUCACAAAACUAUGGAAAGAUGAAUGCAAAAAGCUAGAGGCACGCUUGCUGAAGGAGAAGGAGGAUGAGGAAAAGAGAGCCAAGGCUUUAGAGGAGGCAAGGAAGAUUACCAUAACAGAGGACAAGAGCCUACCAGCUGCCACUUGCAUCAAGAUCCGCAGCAGCAAAGAUCAUCGCAACCAGAGAGUGAAGGUGUUUGGCUGGGUCCACCGGCUAAGGAGACAAGGUAAGAACAUGAUGUUUAUUGUCCUGCGUGAUGGGACUGGCUUCUUGCAAUGUGUGUUGACUGACCGCCUCUGCCAGACGUACGAAGCAGUCAUCCUCAACACCGAGAGUAGUGUGGUGCUGUACGGCUUGCUGCAGGAGGUGCCUGAAGGAAAGGAGGCACCAGGUGGUCAUGAGCUUCAGGUAGACUACUGGGAGUUGUUGGGUGGGUCACCUGCUGGAGGAGCAGAAGCAGAGAUCAACCAGUUGUCGAACCCAGAUGUACAGCUGGACAAACGCCACCUUAUGCUGAGAGGUGAAAACUGCUCCAAGGUAUUGAGAAUGCGUUCCAUCUUGAUGAAGGCAUUUGUGGACCACUACACUGACCGAGGCUAUGAAUGGGUGUCUCCUCCUGCUCUGGUACAGACACAGUGUGAGGGUGGCUCAACACUCUUUGAUUUCAAUUUCUUUGGAGAAAAAGCAUACCUGACUCAGUCAAGCCAACUGUACCUAGAGACUUGCCUUCCAAGUUUUGGUGAUGUGUUCUGCAUUGAGCAGUCCUACAGGGCAGAGCAGUCCAGGACACGUCGUCACCUUGCCUCCUACACCCACGUUGAGGCCGAGUGUCCUUUCAUUACAUUUUCUGACCUUCUUGAUCGCAUCGAGGACCUGGUGUGUGAUGUUGUGGACCGGGUUAUGAAGCAUCCUGUGGGAAGUCAACUCAUGAAAGACUUGCACCCAGAGUUUGUAGCACCAUCACGACCCUUUUACAGAAUGACCUAUGCAGAUGCUAUCAAGUACCUGAAGGAACACAACAUUACAAAAGAAGAUGGAACUUUCUAUGAGUUUGGUGAGGAUAUCCCAGAAAUGCCAGAGAGAAAAAUGACAGACAAGAUUGGCAAGCCCAUUCUUCUUAACUCUUUCCCAGCCGGCAUCAAGGCUUUCUAUAUGUCCCGCUGUGCUGAUGAUCACUCCCUCACAGAGUCGGUUGACCUUUUGAUGCCUAAUGUUGGGGAGAUUGUUGGAGGGUCCAUGAGGAUGCAUGAUCAUCAAGAGCUCAUGGAUGCAUACAGGGGAGCUGGUCUUGACCCAGAACCUUAUUACUGGUACACUGACCAGCGGCUGUAUGGUACUACACCACACGGUGGAUAUGGACUUGGUCUUGAGAGGUUCCUUUGCUGGCUGGCCAAUCGCUAUCACAUCCGGGAAGCUACUCUGUAUCCAAGAUUUGUAGGUCGCUGCACUCCUUAGAUCCUUUGGAUUUCUCAAUUUGUGAGGUGGUAAUGGCUAACUAUCCCUUGAUUAUUUAAUUCAACUGCUUUCUUUGAUGCUGCAACAGUUGUGUUAACUGUACUGGGUGAUUACAGCAUUGAGCUGCAUUAGCAACUUUUAUGAUUGUUAAUUUAUGGUAAUAGACAUUAAAUAUCAAGUGGUUCUUGAGAAUAUACUUUAUUAUAAUAAACAAAUUUCUUACAAAUC